AUUCACGCAUGCAGUAAAUAUAACUUGAUUUACGUCAGGAAUUAGUACUCAAAGAUUGAUUCUCUCUCACUCCAAUUGGAAAACUUUUACCGAUCGGCGAGACUAGUGAAUAGCCACAACAACUUUGCGUACGUGGUAUAACAACGGCCUUCGACAUCGGCCACAAAAACCAUGAAACAAGUUUCGAAUUCGUCCGCCGAAGUGAAGUCAACAAAUAAGAGCUGCUGCUGUCCGCGCCGACUCAAUCUGUGUCUGCUGUGGUCCUCGUUCUGCAGCUGGUUUUUACGUUCUUUGGAACGCUUCUUUGGUUGGUUUGGUGCAGGGAUCGCCAAACGUCCAUUGAUAACAAUCCCGAUAUGUCUCGUGUUUGUCAGUGUCUGUUCCGUGGGGUUUGUUUGGUUCCAGUCAGAAACAAGAACUGAAAAACUGUUCAUACCUCAAGACAGCAAGUCCAUAAAUGACUUGGAAAUUGCUGAGAAAUACUUUCGAGUCAAGAUUCGAGAGGAAAUCAUCCUUUUGGUGGCAUUGCCCGGUAAUCAGAAUAUUCUUUCUCCUGAGUGUCUAAGACAGGCCUUUCAAGCUCACAAUGCAGUUAUAGAAUUGGAAUCGUAUAACAAUUUUUGUGUCACACUAUCAGCGAACAAAUCAAGGUCAGCAGAGGAAUGCGUGAUGAUCAACCCGCUGGAAUUCUUACAGUUCAAUGAAAGUAAACUGAGUGGUAAAGACCCAACACAGAUUCAACAUGAACUAAGUAAAGCGUACAACGACACCAGCUCGCUCAUGCGCAAUGGACGCCCUUUCUGGUUCAACUUCAACCGUAUGUUUGGUGAUGCUAUUCGCAAAGAUGGAAUCGUAACCGAAGCCAAAGCAUUGCAAAUGAUUUAUCUCAUUCAAGACCCUAGCGACGAUGAAACGAACGAAAAAGUUCUCGCUUGGGAGAAGAAUUUCGUGGACAAGGUAGCUUCAUUAGUUGACAAACUUCCCUGCUUUGAAGUCCAUUACUCAAGUGAAAGGAGCUUGGACGAUGCUAUCGCCGAGAGCAGUGGGUCUGAUGUCUCACUUGUGGCAAUAACUUUCACCAUCAUGAUCUCGUUUGCUUGCCUCAUACUAGGAAAGUUCUUAAAUCCGCUGACCGGCCAUUCCCUGCUCGCUAACGCAGGAGUGUUCGCAGUGGCUUUGGGUAUUUUGGCGGGGCUUGGCCUUGGUAUGUGGUUCCGAGUGCCAUUUAUCAGUCUCGUGGGAGUGCUUCCAUUCCUGGUUCUUGGAGUCGGCAUCGACGACAUGUUUAUCAUGGUAGAUGAGCUUGAUCGACAGCCACGUGAUCUUUCAACGGUUGAAAAGAUCAAAGCGGUUAUGAAGCAUUCGGCGCCGACUGUUUGCAUGACAACAAUGACCGAUUUGGUAGCGUUUGCUGUUAGCACUUCCACGUCAUUUCCGGCCAUAAGGUAUUUCUGUAUCUACGCCGGUUUGACCGUCACUUUCUCUUUUCUCAUGAUCGUCACAUACUUCGUGGCCAUCAUGUCAUUUGACGUAAGACGCAUUAAGUCGGGGCGCAGAGACUGUUUACCAUUCUGCCAUGCCCCUCCGCCGAAGGAAGGUGCGCCUGCCUGGGAUGAGCCUCUUCCACAGACGUCAAAUCGUGCCAUGGAGUACUGGGGCAAGUUCGUGACAAAACCGACGACUAAAAUUGUAGUCAUUUUCCUCUCACUGUCUCUCCUUGGUGCUGGGAUUUAUGGAGUCACUCAAGUGGACGAGGAGUUUGAUAGGAGAAUCUUAGCAAAGGAUGAUUCAUACUUGAAACGAUUUCUGACCGCUCAACAAAAUCACUUUGAACUUUCCAUUCCAGUGAGCAUCGUGGAGACUGGUGGGGUCGAUUACGGAAUGAGCUCCACUCAGGAACAAAUCAGAGCACUUACGUCAAUCGUCACGGAGAAUAAACACUAUAAAAACCUGUCUUUCUCGUGGAUGGAUGCAUUUGCACAGUAUGCUAAGAAGUCUAAUAAGAACAUAACUGGUGAAUGGUUUUUGCCUGAAUUGAAAGCGUUCCUCCGUAUCCCUGACUUUGCAUAUUUCAAUCAAGACUUACGUUUCUCCGCAGACAACUCAAAGUUGGAAGCUUCUCGCAUACUCGGUUUUAUGAAGGAUUCUGCCAGCUCCACUUUUCGAAAAGAUGCAAUGAUCACGUUACGAGAAAAAAUAACCGAAAGAUCGAAACUAAAUGCAUUUCCGAUCAAUCGGAAUUUCAUUUUCAUUGAACAGUACGCUAUCACGUCAAGGGAGACUAUAAGGAACCUAUUGAUCGCGGGCCUUACGGUCGUAAUCAUCACGAGCCCCUUUUUGGUGGACUUCACCGUGACGCUCCUCGUGUUGCUUAACUUUGCGGCCCUGAUAUGCGAGUUAUUUGGUUUAAUGGUCAUCUGGGGAGUAUCCCUGAACACAGUCUCUAUGGUCAAUCUUGUCAUGGCUAUUGGUUUUGCAGUUGAUUAUAGUGCGCACGUCGCGCAUGCUUACGUGACAUCUGACAAAGCAACAGCCAAUGAGCGAGUGAUAGAGGCUCUAAGCACACUAGGUGCGAGUGUCCUCAUGGGAGGUUGUAGUACUUUUCUUGGUAUGGUCAUACUUGCAUUUGCAGCUUCGGAAAUCUUCCGGAUUUUCUUCAAAAUGUUCUUCGGAAUUGUCGUGCUUGGUCUCCUACACGGACUGUGUAUCAUGCCCGUCUACUUGUCUUUCAUGUGCUGGAAGCCCGUUGUUAUUAAACCUUCCUCGACUGAGGCCGAAACCGAAGAGAUGAGUGGAGGUGUGGUGCGACAAAAGGAUUCCCAAGUAUUUGGCAACGGUUUACAACUAGCAUGCCUUGCGAAUGAGGAGGAGAUUCCUGCUCACCAGAAGACUGCAUCGCAACUUUCUGAGGAUGGCACCCAAGCCCAGCAAAUUGAUAAAAACGGAAAGGGCAGCACCCAGCGUGAUGAUGACACUGUCAUCGAUGGAGCAAUUGAAAAUAAGGGGAUUACUUCUGAUGAAGAAGAAUUAGGGUUCAAGUCAACAGAUGAAAAGCAUAUAGGCAUAUAAGCAUAUUAAAACCGUAUAAGCCGUUCAUGGCGAUUCAAUUAGGUAUUGGAAAUUCACCUUAAGUUAGUCCCCGUAUAGGGCUAAAGUUGAAAAAGAAUCCAUCAAACCAUAAUAAAUUGUUCUCAAUUUUUAUGGAUUUUUCUUCUUCUUUCUUAAUAAAAUGGAUGAUGAAUGAAACUGAA